CCCCUGGGGCGGAGUUUCGGCCGGUUUCCCCGCAUCCUUGGGUGCGGCCCCCAGCCCCUGCUGCCGCCCCUGGCAUCCCUUGCUCCCCCCGCUGCCUUCUGGCCCGGCUGUCCCCGUCCAUGGCCUCGGUGCAGGCCAGUGUUGGCCCCAGGAUGACCGGGACCUACACCUUCUCCAGCCAGCCCCGGGCCCUGCCCUCUCAACGCCGUCGCUACCGGAGCAACCUGGGCUCGAUGCAAGAAGAGGAGCCUAUUCAUUAUGGAAACAUCAUGUAUGACAGGAGGGUGAUUCGAGGCAACACUUAUGCCCUACAUACGUUACCUGUGAAUGCCCAACCAGAUCCCGUUGAACUCCACAAGCAGCAAGAGGCCCAGAGGAAAGCACUGGCCAGAAGGCGAGCUAAGGAGCAGCUUCAACCAAGAACUCCUGAGCCUGUGGAGGGGAGAAAGCAUGUGGAUGUGCAGACUGAGUUAUACCUUGAAGAGCUCAGUGAUCACGUAGUAGAAGUCGACAUGGAGUGUCAAACCGAUGCUUUUCUGGACCGACCACCCACACCCCUCUUCAUCCCAGCUAAAACCGGCAAAGACGUAGCCACCCAAAUUGAGGAAGGAGAGCUUUUUGACUUUGAUAUCGAAGUCAAGCCAAUGCUAGAAGUUUUGGUGGGAAAAACCAUUGAGCAGGCACUCCUGGAAGUAAUGGAAGAAGAAGAGUUGGCCAACCUGCGAGCCCUUCAGUACAGCUAUGAAGAACUGCGUAACGCAGAGCUGGCAGAAGUGCAGAGACUGGAAGAGCAGGAGAGACGUCACAAAGAAGAGAAGGAGCGUCGCAAAAAUCAGCAGAUGGAAGUGAUGCUCAAACAGAACGAAACUUCGGAAAAAAUCGCCGCUCGAGCUUUUGCUCAUCGAUACCUGGCUGACCUCCUUCCAUCAGUCUUCGGCAAUCUCAGGGACAGUGGCUUUUUUUACGAUCCUGUGGAAAGAGAUAUUGAAUCAGGAUUCCUUCCAUGGUUGAUGAAUGAAGUUGAAAAAACCAUGGAGUACCACAUGGUGGGAAGAACAGUACUUGACAUGUUGAUUCGUGAGGUGGUUGAAAAGAGAUUAGACAUGUUUGAAAGUGGAAGAUUACAAGAAUCAACAGUAUCCCAAGAAGGAGAGGACUCUCUGAAGAAAAGUUCAGAUGACAAGUAUUCUGAGGACACAAAAGAACCCGAAGAGGACAUAGGAUCCCUUGAAAAGUUGCCAUCCACAGACAAGAAGGACUCCCUCAAGCAGAAGGAAUCUCAGGAAGCAGUGGGGUCAACCGAGUCCUUAGAGAAAGAGGAAUCCCAGGACCAGAGUGGAUUAUCAGAGAAGAGUGAAUCUCUAGAGAAAGAAGAAUCUGAGGAGCAGAAAGAACCUCAGGAGUUUUGAAGAAAAAAAAAAAGCCAACAGUCGAAAAAUCAGGUAAUGAAAAGUAAGGCCCCAGACAAUGGA